GGAAGGCGCUCCAGCACGUUCACGCGCCAGCACUGCCGGGCGCGCGCCGCGGGCUCGGGCGGAGCGGAAGACGCGUGGAUCUGUGUGAGGACCCGCGGGCUGUGCAGAUACGGUCUAAGAUACGAUCUCAUGUGAUUUUAAAAGGAUCUGAUACUCAAGAAAAAGUGACAGCUUAAUAUCCAGCAGUGUCGUAGUCAUUGAGGACAUAUUCACAAAGACAGAAGCCAUUUCUAGUGUACCUAUGAUAAUGUGUUUUAGCAGUAGAUGUUAAACUUUGGUUUGAAUGAAAAAUGUCUCUCAAUCAACCUAUAUUUCUGAAAGAAAGGGAAGAAAAUAAUUCAAAAUUUGUGGAAAUACAACAAUCACAAACUACUUCCAUAGCUGCAGAAGAUCCUCUUCAAAACUUAUGCUUAGCAUCUCAAGAAGUUCUUCAAAAAGCUCAACAAAGUGGAAGAUCAAAAUGUCUUAAAUGUGGUGGUUCAAGAAUGUUCUACUGCUAUACAUGUUAUGUCCCAGUUGAAAAUGUACCUAUGGAACAGAUGCCACUUGUGAAGCUUCCACUGAAGAUUGACAUCAUUAAACAUCCAAAUGAAACAGAUGGCAAAAGUACUGCUAUACAUGCAAAACUGCUAGCACCUGAAUAUGUAACUAUUUACACGUACCCUUGCAUUCCGGAAUAUGAAGAAAAGGACCAUGAAGUUGCACUUGUUUUUCCUGGACCUAAGUCAGUCUCAGUAAAAGAUAUUUCUUUUCAUUUGCAAAAACGAGUUCAAAAUAAUGUGAGAGGCAAAAAUGAUGACCCUGACAAGCCAUCUGUUAAACGCAAGAAAACUGAAGAACAGGAUUUGAAUGACGGCGAGUGCAAAGAGCCAACACUGAAAAAAAUUAUAUUUAUAGAUAGCACCUGGAACCAAACAAACAAAAUACUCACUGAUGAGAGACUUCAAGGGUUGUUACAAGUUGAGUUGAAAACAAGAAAAACUUGCUUUUGGCGCCAUCAGAAAGGAAAGCCGGACACCUUCCUCUCCACAAUUGAAGCCAUUUACUACUUUCUGGUGGACUACCACACUGACGUAUUAAAAGAGAAAUACAAAGGACAGUAUGACAAACCUUUUAUUUUCUACUCUUUUAUGUACCAGUUGAUAAAGAAUGCCAAAUGCUCUGGAGACAAGGAAACAAGAAAAGUUACUCAUUAGUUUUCAAGAAGCCACUUAUGUCAUUUUAUUUUGCUAAAAUCAAUAAACUUAUAAUCAUGCUUUGUUUAUUCUUAA